ACCGCACAUACCUCCUGCACCCCCGACAUCCAUCGAUCGAUCGAUCGAGCUGUAGCAACAAGGAGGAGAUGGGGAGGUCCCCGUGCUGCUGCCACGACGCCGGCGUCAAGAAAGGCCCGUGGACGGAGGAGGAGGACCGCGCCCUGGUGGACCACAUCCAGAGGCACGGCGGCCACGUCAGCAGCUGGCGCAACCUGCCCAAGGCCGCCGGGCUCAACCGCUGCGGCAAGAGCUGCCGCCUCCGCUGGACCAACUACCUCCGCCCCGACAUCAAGCGCGGCAACUUCACCGACGACGAGGAGCGCCUCAUCAUCGGCCUCCAUGCCCAGCUCGGUAACAGGUGGUCGACGAUCGCGACGCACCUGGACGGGCGGACGGACAACGAGAUCAAGAACUACUGGAACACGCACAUCCGCAAGAAGCUGCUGCGCAUGGGCGUCGACCCCGUCACGCACCAGCGCCUGCCCCCCGACGACCUGCUGCUCGCCGUCUCCGCCUCCCCCACGACGACGAUCCUCUCGGCGGCGGCGAGCCAGCUGCGGGGCCUGAACACCGCUCUCAUGCAGGUGCAAGCGCUGCAGUUUCUGCUGCAGGCCGUCAGUGGAGUUGGAAACGACGUUAACGCCGCCGCCGCUGCUGCUAAUGGUGGUGGUGGUCUCGUCCCUAGCCUCAGCGCAGCCGCAGAUAAUAACGCCGUUCUGAACGCGAGCCGUAGCGUCGUUCCAGGCUUCCAGGACCUGCAGCUGACGACGAUGACCAGGCCUCUUCUCGUGUCUCACGCGAAUCACGGGUCAGCUGAUCAUCAUCCCAGCUACAUCGCAACUGAUGAUGUGGUGCAGCGACGACUGAACGCUUCGGCUCCUCCGGUGGUCGGCGGCGGCGCCUGUGCAGAGCCGCUGGCUGUUGCAUUGGCGUCCACGGCUUAUCGACACCAAGUGGCAGCUGCCGCUGACGAGCCGGUGAAUGGUUUUGCCGAGCUAAUACUGUCGGAGCCCAUCGAGAUGCCGAGCAUGUGCUCUCUGGAGGACGAAGAUCAUUUCUGGAAGGACAUGCUCGUAGAGAGCAGCAGCUUCAGCCUGCCACUAUGAAAUUUCCAAGCGUGGGAACGGGAGGACGACUGGCGGUGCAUGCAUGUGUUGUACAAAAUCGUGUGAUUAUCUCAAUGUUUCUUUAACUAGCUUCGCAUUGUCACUUGGUAUAUCUAUCUGUGAUCUGUGUGCAGUGUGUAUUUCACCCACCUCAUAUACCAGUGACAUUUCCAAGCGUGCAGUGUGUAUUUUACCUAUACCCAUACGAAUAUAGUUAAUAGAAUACUAACAAUGUGUAUCUUGUUUUUUUG